CUAACUAACGGAAGAUGACUUGUUUCCUACACCGUCGUCUUCCCGCUGAUGUGUACCUGGCUUGGUCUUCCUGAAGUCUUGCGACGAGGAACUGGUUAUCGCCACAUUGUGUAUUGUUGUGUUACAUUUUCUGUUUACACACAUUAGACAGUUAUUUACUCUUCCUGUGCAGUACACUGAGCUCGCCUUUUUAAUAGCAAACAACGGUAUACAAGUGAACUCAUUACUGCAAAGUGCUGCGACAAAGAUCUUUCAGUCCACAUCCCGAGCUUCCUGAUUCAAGUCUGUAAGGAAAGACAUGGAACAUUAUGAACAACUUGACGGCCCACAAUUCCAUGGACCUUUGACAUCCGCCGUCAGUGCUAGUCCUGAACAGGGAAAUCGUCCAGGAGGACCUGCUACUCAAAAGACAUUAAUCAAGACCUUCAUCAAAAGAUUCAAGUGGUAUUACCUGUUCGCUGCAUGUAUGAUCGUCGCUCUGUUGGUUGUGGUCAUCGUUAUCUCUGUUUACUACUCCAUAAAAAGUGAAACAGAAGAAGUCAUGAGUUGUCUCCCUUCUCUACCUCGAGUCAAGCUGAACUACGAUGAAGAUCCAAUCUUUGUGGCGCUAAUUGUAUUUUUCUGGCCAUGGUCGCCUGACAUGGAGGAUACAAACAGUCCGAUGUACGAGGAAACAAUCAGUAAAGCUGAAUACUGGGUGACAAAGAUCUUUCAGGCGAGUUUCCUUUCCUCUUGUAUCAGAUCUCCUGCGAUGGCAAUGAUGGAUCUUGACGGCAAUACUCUGGUUCGCUUUGACCUGCAUGUGAGCUGUGACACUGCAACAGAAGUAGAAAUAAACAGAGCCUACAUCGAUGGUCACUCGUUCCUGCAGAGAACACAGGACAAAAGCUGUGUGGUCAGCAUCGGUGAAAAUCUUAUCAUUAGGAGGUUUUUUCACACAACCAUUACCCCGCUUCCACCAUCUGAGACACCUAACACCAUCUGUGGUCAGUCUCAGCUGUACCCUGUUCCUAAAAUUGUGGGUGGUCGGCCUGCAAAACGUGGACAGUACCCGUGGGUAGUGAAGCUGCAGAUUUCAAGCGGUCUCAUUACAAUGAAAUGUGGAGGCAGCAUUUGGGACUACAACCACAUCCUAACGGCGGCACACUGCAUCGACAUUAAAGUCAGCGCUUUCUGCAGGUUGCCGAUCAACAGCAGCACAGGACGGGUAGACACAAGAGGAAUUGUGGUCAUUGCCGGUGAGUGGGAGCAUACUUCAGUUUAUUCCUAUCUCCAGCAGAACAGAAGUGUCGCGUCAGCACGAAUACACAGACACUACUACAGGAAUAUAUAUUAUAUGCCAAACGACAUUGCCUUAUUGAAACUGGCCGAGCCGUUACAUCCCACCCAGCUAGUGAUGAAAGUGUGUCACCCUCAUGCCAGCACCCAGCUACCAAAGAAGGGCAUUGUUGCAGGAUGGGGACGAACGAGAGAGGAACCUGCAAGAUAUCCUGAGGUACAGCAAAGACUGGAAGUAACUGUACUAAAUCAGAGCGACUGUCUGAAACUGCUCCGACUUUAUGGCUUUCUAAAUCCCUUGCACAAGGGGACAAUAUGCUCAAUUGACGAUGAUCUAGAAGUAAAAGGUGUUUGCAAGGGGGAUUCUGGUGGUCCACUUUUCGCGAAUCUGGGAACCAGAGGAGAUGAACGUUACACAAUCUUUGGUAUCGUCUCACACGGUCACAAAUGUGGAGGAUAUUUUAAUGCGUACGCUUCGGUUCCGUAUUACCGUGACUGGAUCCACGAGACAAUACAAUUUUUGAAACACUUGUAAACUUUCAACAUCAACAGCAUUGGCAUACACACUCGGUCUACCUGUUCGUCCAUAAAGAUAUAAGAAAAGAUAAUGAGCGGCCCAUAAUAAUGUUGAAGAUAGAUAUCACGCCUUUCCAAAGAUUUGCUCAAAGCGCUUUACAUACAUCCUACAUAAACUACAUCAUUAACAACCACGCUCCCAUGUUGGCAUAUAACAGACGCUCACUUCUACAACAUACACUCACUCACACACAAAGUAAAUCACAGACACACGUUAUACACGCUCGUGGUCAGGGGAGUGAAGUCGUCAUUUGGAAAAGAUGUUUCUUAACUUUGGACUUAAAGGUGGUAAAAGAAUCAGAGUUACGUAAGCUGUCAGGUAAUGUGGCUUUCUGAGAAAGACCUCUGUUCCUAGGUUUUUGUCUCGGUUACGAAACAUAUAAGAAAGCUUUCUGUAGACCACAUGCACGGUCAUAAAUGCCUUAUUAAUUAAUAAUGACGUGUUGUUUGGUUUGUUGUUUUUAUUGCCCACCAAGUACCCACUAAAUAUCAAUAUGUACUGCUCUAAAUGUAAACGUUUCUAUUGACGAGUAUAUCUAUUGCAGGUUCUUCACCACUAAUGCAAGACUCAUUUUUAUUAUUUUUUUUUUAUUAUUAUUUUAACGGAGUUUUAACCUUUUGUAAUAUAUUGAUGUACAACAAAAAUUGUCUGGCACUGUAUCCCUGUCGUGUACAAUUUAAAUAAUUUUUUUUUUGUCGAUUACUAUAUAUUUUGUUAAUACGUUGUUCAUUAUUAUACUGCUUGUGAAUAUAUUAAAAAUACCAAUUUAUUUCACAUUUACUGUUUUGUAGGCGUUGUUAUAAUAAUAGCUGAUUGAAAUAUUGAGAGUUUUCAUGAGUUUCUGUUAAUGGCUGGAAACUAGGUUCGCAAGAGACGUUACAGAAGGUAGUUUCUAGAAUCAGUAAGGAAUAGAGUGGCAAAAAAAGGAAUAGAGUGGAAAAAAUGGAACCUUUAUUUAUUAUAAGCACUCGAAUAAUAAACGACUUGCUGUUC